CUCCUCGAGCGUCUCUCGCUCACGUGCGCGCCACUGUCAAUCAAUCCGGCGCGUCAUGAGUCUCAUUCACAGGUGAUAUCUAUUAGCCUACCUCAUCUUCGGUCAGGUGUCGCGUCCGUGGACCAUCAAGCCGUAAACCCCCUUACCGUGAGAGAUAUUUCUUGAAGCGGCUUUGGCGAGUUGCAGUGGGCUUUGCAGAUGCCAUGUUGGAGCAGUAAGCUAACCAUGGCGGAAAAUCAUAUGGAGUACGGCUACCUGGAGGGCGAGUCCAUGGGGGAGCAUUUCGCCGAGGACCCGGAGCUGGCCGCCAUCAAGGCCAGGGUUCAGGAGCUGGAGAUGGAAGAAGAGACGGAGAGACUGAAGGAGGAGGAGGAUAGGUGUGAUGCAGCGGAGAUGCAGCUCCUGACGAGCUCCCCCCGACCCGGACCUUUCUACAAUAUGACCCCCGAGGAGAGGAUAGAUGCAGACAAUAGAUCGGUCUAUGUAGGAAAUGUAGAUUAUGGAGCUACGGCAGACGAGCUAGAGAUCCAUUUCAAUGGCUGUGGUCCUGUCAACAGAGUUACCAUCCUGUGUGACAGGUUCUCAGGCCAUCCUAAAGGGUUUGCAUACAUUGAGUUCUCUGAUCGAGACUCGGUGCACAGUGCCAUUGGUUUGCAUGAGACCUUGUUUAGAGGGAGAGUCCUCAAGGUAAUGCCCAAGAGGACCAACAUGCCAGGCAUCAGCACCACAGACAGGGGAGGACACCGCGGCGGCCAAUCCAGAGGCGGCAGAGGCAGAGGUGGUUUCCGUCCACCACGAUACCAGAGCAGCUCUCGAGGCAGGUUCAGGUACCAAUCGACCAGGCCGCAACAUCAAACGCCCCACCCUUACUACGGAGGCCCCUCAGUGGGAAAGAGACAGUGGGGACACAUGGACUACCACGAACAGGUGCCUAAACGUUAUCCGUGUCUUCUUCUCAUCACCCCACCGUCAGAGGAGUUGGGGGCAGGGUCAAGUGGACAGCACUACCCUCAACAGCGUUAGCUCCACCCACAACAACUAAAGAAGAGUGGGUUAAAAAGAACUGACGGUUUUAAAGUGUUCCCAGGCAUUACUGAGUUAAGCAUCAUGUGAGAGAAGCAAGAAGGAUCGAUGAAAUGACUUCUUUUUUUUUUUUUUUUUAAUUUGCAUCCCUGCAUCAAUCGUUCCAAGUCUGUGAGAUGUGAAAAAGAAGUCUGGGGUCAGCGGUGUUGCAUUACAAGCUUCUGUGAAUGCAUGGGACAAUCCUAAAUUGCAUCUCUAACUGAUUUUACAAACUGAUGCGAAUGUAUUGUGAUUUGCCUGCUAUGUCACGUAUAAAUCCUCCCUAUUGUAUAACUUAUAAGUUCUUUGCUAUGUAAGUGAAUGAAUAAAUAAAACAAUUGAUCUGUUAAGUUAACACACGCAGGAGGUUGGAACAACAUUGCAGAUUUAUUUCAUAGGCAUUUCUGUAAGCAAGACAAAAUGUAAACAAAAAUUUCAAUAGGGGGUUUUCUGUACAGGGGGGGGUUCAGAAGAAGUGAUGAAAUGGGACUCAGCCGGUUUGAACCAUCAUUCCAGAUACGAUGCCAUCAAAGGCUCUGCAGAAGAAUUGGUAAAAAAAAAAAGAUUAAAUGCAUCGAAAGAUCACAAAAAUAUCAGUAAAAUCUCUUAGGGAAUAAUUCAUUUGAGGCAUAAACCUACUUUGACUGAAUGGAGUCGCCAGGAUUGUGGAAUGGGUUGCACAUUACAUCUGUGAAAGAGUUGUGUAAUUUUCUGAACAUCUGCAGUAAAAAAAUAAAGUUAAUUCUUUACAAAGUU